GUAUUUGUGCGCGACGGGCGUCGCUCUGUGCAUUCUGGGCUGCGCUCGGACGGCGAGGCGGUUCUGGAGAGGCCUGAGGUCGGAGACGCGUUGCCAUGUUACCCUAUGCGGCUUGCAGCGCGAGCCGGCGGCUGGCCCCGGCUUUGGGGGUCCUGGGCGCACGGCAGAAGCACAGCCUCCCCGACUUGCCCUACGACUAUGGGGCCCUGGAGCCUCACAUUAACGCCCAGAUCAUGCAGCUGCACCACUCCAAGCAUCACGCAGCCUAUGUGAACAACUUGAACGCCACCGAGGAGAAGUACCAGGAGGCGCUGGUCAAGGGAGAUGUUACGACUCAGAUAGCUCUUCAGCCUGCACUGAGAUUCAAUGGUGGAGGUCACAUCAAUCACAGUAUUUUCUGGACGAACCUGAGCCCUAAUGGUGGUGGAGAACCCAAAGGGGAAUUAUUGGAAGCCAUCAAGCGUGACUUUGGUUCCUUUGACAAGUUUAAGGAGAAGCUGACAGCUGUGUCCAUUGGCGUCCAAGGCUCUGGGUGGGGCUGGCUUGGUUUCAAUAAGGAGCAGAGGUGCUUACAAAUUGCUUCCUGUUCUAAUCAGGAUCCGCUGCAAGGAACAACAGGUCUUAUUCCACUGCUGGGGAUUGAUGUAUGGGAGCAUGCUUAUUACCUUCAGUAUAAAAACGUUCGACCUGAUUAUCUAAAAGCUAUUUGGAAUGUGAUCAACUGGGAGAAUGUAACUGAAAGAUACGUGGCUUGUAAAAAGUAAAUCAUUAUCAGUAUACUGAGUGUUAAGCUCUUUAUGACUAUUACAACUAUUUUUAUAAUAGUAUAGAGUACUGCAAUAUACUACUAUAUUAUAGCAUUUAUUGAUGUUGCUUAUUCACAUGUUUGAUAAUUUACUGUUAUGAAUAAUUUCUUAUUUCCAAAUUUUGUUAUUAAGCAACUUUGAAGAUAGUACUUUGUGUGAUUUAGUCUUGAUUAAACAUUUUUUUCAGAGAGCUACAAUUGCUAGGUUAUUAUAUCAUUAUAAAAUCUUUAAAAAUAUUCCAGACAGUUUUGGGGUCUAUAGGGAAGCCUUUGUAAUCCUAUUUUGUUAUAGAUACAGAAAAAUCUAAUCUUUUCCCCCAGGUGGUUAACGGUAAAAUAGAAAAUUGAAUAUUUCCCUUUACUGUUGAAGAGUGCUCUUUUUGUAAGUUUCUGUCUAGUGGCACUUCAGUAGAUGUGACUCAGUAGGCUUUAUUGUGGUCACAUGUGCAUGCAGUUAAUGCCAUUUUUGUCAUUCAAAAACAUGAAACUUGUGGCUGGGAAAGUAGCUCAUUGGAAAAGCUGUUUCUUGCUAUGCACAAAACUCUGGGUUUGAUCCUCAACACUGUAGAUAAAUCACUCUAAAAAACCAGUGUAACUUGAUUGUUAGUUGGGAAUUGCUUUACCAUGAGGAGGUAAUUAUGCAUUUGGAUUUUUCUAGAGACAGAAGCAUAAUUUCAUGUGAAUUUUGUCCUUAAUGUAGAAAUAUGUAUUGUAUAAAAAUGUUCAGGAGGGACAAAUGAGGGCCUGAAGAUUGGUAACAUCAACAAUGUGGGGGCUGGGGAUUUAGCUCAGUGGUGCUGUACUUGCCUCUAAAGUACAGGGUCCUGAGUUUGAUCCCUGGUACUGGGGGAAAAAAAAACAGUGGGGAUUGUGCCACAAGGCAUUCUGCUGGGCACUUCCCCUGCUUUUAGGGCCAUUACUAUGCGUCCCUCUCAUGAAAACUGGGCCUGGGCCAGAUACCCCCUUCCCAGUAGAUACUUGUCUCUGGAUGAUGUCAGCAGUGUGUGUCCCUCAGAACAUUAUUUUCAAAGAUAUGUUGUUGAUUUUUUCUGUCCUUUGUGAUAUUUUUGUUUUCUUUUAAAGAACUUAUAGCCACUGUAGAAGCAUUGUAUUGUUUUUCAAUAAAGGAAAAAUGUCUGUAAUACAGUAUUUCAGAUUAUGUUCCUUUGCAGUUUUUGCACACCAGACUGUUCACUGUUUCAACGUAGUAGAUGUUCUUU